GUCUUCUCGUCUUGUCACUCGUCGCCGCCACACAUGCCCAAACCCUCGCCGCGUUCCUCCCUUUCCCAGGCCUCCCUCGAUGUGUGCUUAUAGCGGGUUUGGAGCCGAAUAAAGUGCUCAAGUACCAUCCUCUGGGUGACAUUGGAGCAACGGGCACUCUCCGCAUCUCCGUCUUUCAGAUGCAAGGGAAGAUUAACCUCAAGUUCAGGGUCGACGGCACCCGUCUAUCCGGCCCGCUUCCCCCACACAACAUCACCGUCUUCGACUCGCGCUCGGGCGGCGCAAUGGGUCUCCCGAUCUUCGGGCUCAACGGCAAGUGGACCUCCACCCCCACGGCUUCGCAAGUCUCGCUGCGCACGUGGAUCAUGGACGCGGGGAAUAAGUUCCCGCCGGGGUCGACUCUUUCGUAUUACGAUAUGGUGAAGCAGGUCGAUUUGAGCCCGCGGAGCUUCUUCGGGUCGGUUACGACCGAAAGGUACAAGUGGGGUGCGCUGCGGGGGACGUUCCAACGUGGCGCUGUGAACAUGAUGGUGCCAGUACCCAUGUGCUAA